AUGCCACCAACAAAUAUGGCUUCAGGUCCCAAGGGUACUAGAUCCAGUGCUCCUAGGACACAAACUGGUUGUAAAAAUUGUCGCAAAAGGCGGAUCAAGUGCGAUGAGACAAAGCCAGCAUGCGAGAGAUGUGUGCGAUCAGGUUGGAAGUGCGAUGGAUACCCAGCAGAUAUAGUCUUAAAAGCGUCUGCCAACAACAGAAACACUUCAAACCUGUCAUUGCUGUCACGAUUGCCAUCCAUCGCCAGCUAUUCCAUUCCUUUUAAGGUCCCAGGAAGUCAAACAGACCGCCAACUACUCCACUAUUUCUGCGUGCAAGGCUCAAACGACAUUGCAGGGUUUCUGACCUCAGACUUUUGGUCUCAGACUGUUCUCCAAGAAAGCCAUCAAGACCCAACCGUCCGCCAGGCCCUUGUGGCAUUGAGCUGGCUUCACCUGGACUAUUCAACAUCGGAGUGCGUCGGAAACUCUGUAACGAGAGCCGAUGCACUCACACAAUAUGGAAAGGCUUUGCGAUCCAUGAGAAAGCGGCUUUCUCGGCCGUCAGAAAGUGCUACCAAGAUCGCGCUCAUCUGUUGCAUCUUAUUCUAUUGCUGUGAAGGCGCCUUGGGUGACCGAAAUGCAGCUCUGCAGCAUUUGAGCAACGGCCUCAAUCUGCUGAUCUCUACUCAGCACGAGCACAAUGGGGUCGUGUCUCAAGAUAUACAAAAUCUUUCAGACGUCUUUGAACGACUAGAUAUGCAAGCUAGCUUCUUUGAAGAUGAUCGUACGCCAAUUCUCGUUCUUCCAAGUUGGCAACCGAGUGGAGAAAAAGAUUACACACUUCUCUUGGAAGAUACAUUUACAGGUCUUCAAAAAGCCCAGCAAAGCCUGGUCAGACUCCAGGCUUGGUUAUACCACUUCGUUAACAAAAACGCCGAUCACCAUAACGAACCAAAGGAGUCACUCCCAGUGGACAUAUUACAAGAAAAAGACGCUCUGAUGAAAGGUUACACUUCUUGGAUCAUUGCGAUCAACAACUACGAAAAGGAGACCGAAUGUGACAACGAAACAUUACAUGGAAUCCGAACACUUCUUGUUCACUUCCACGUCUGUCGGAUGAUCGUGGAGUCUAAAUUUCCCAACGAUCCUGAAGUGUUUGGCGCCUCGCCGAAUCCAGCUGCCCAUAAAAUUCUCGACUUGGCUGAGACGCUUCUCCAGUACACUACACUUCUAAACGGAUCACCAAAUGCGACCAAAUCUCCUCGUCGUAACUUCUCGUUAGAGACUGGGGUUGUGGCACCUUUAUUUGCAUUAGCCAUCAAGUGCUCGGACGAGUCCGUGGCCACAAGGGCUGCCCAGAUGCUUGCCUCGUCGCAAAGACGAGAGGGCUUGUACGAUUCGCAGACGAUGGCACAAAUCGUCACCUUACUGAAGGACACAAGAGACGUUGGGAUGGGCAUUAAGCAAGAGGAGAGUAGUGAAAGCGCGCCCUUGAGCGCAUUGGAAUAUCAUCUACCAGACAGCUAUUCGGGUGGUGGGAUAGACAAACUGCUCUCAUCGAUGGACCUAUCGCGACUUAUGAUCUAG